AUGGAGGAGAAGCAGAAGCGGAACGCUCCUGUAUCGCGGUGUGCCGGUUGUGGGCAGCAGAUCCUUGACCACUUGGAGCUGAAGGUGUUUCCUGACCUGCGCUGGCACGCCCAGUGUCUGAGGUGUGCGGAGUGCCAGCAGAACCUGGCGGAGUCUCACUCCUGCUUCAUCAGGGAUGGAAGAACGCUCUGCAGGAACGAUUACCGCAGGUUGUACUCCAGCAGAUGCGCCGGGUGUCUGGCGUUCUUCAGCAGUCGUGACUACAUCAUGCGUGCAGGAGUUCGUAUCUACCACGUUCCCUGUUUCCGGUGCACCCGCUGCGACCGGCGGCUUCGUCCCGGAGACGAGUUCACCCUUCGGGAUGGUUUCCCGCUCUGCGCAGGUCACAUGACUCACCGGACUCACCUGGACAGGUGUACUGAUGGAGCAGGUAAACACACCAGCACCCACACAAUCAGGGGCGCCCGGACGGCCCGGACGGCACGGAUGAGGACGGUGCUCAGCGAGGCUCAGCUCCACGUGCUGCGCUCCUGCUACGACUCGAACCCGCGGCCGGACGCCCUGCUGAAGGAGCGGCUGGUGGAGCUGACGGGUCUGAGCUCGCGGGUCAUCCGGGUCUGGUUCCAAAACAAGCGCUGCAAGGACAAGAAGAGGAACCUGCUGCAGACGCCGGUACAGCAUUAAUGUAGGUUUGAGGUUAAAAUGCCGGAGGAGCCGUUUUUCACCACGAGUCCGGAGAUGUUGGACUCGGACACACCGGUGAAACCUCUGGAUCUCCAGAAUCUCCAGCCGUGCUGGAAACUACUGACCAGUUACAGUCCAGACGAUCGGAUCGAUCAAAUAUCCGGUCAGCAAUCGAACUGUUUAUCAGAGAGGAGGAAGAGUCUGUGUUCUACAGGAAAUCAAAUCAUGGAAGAGUUCUCCGAGCUCCAAAACCACGGCAGAAAUGAUUUUCUUUAG